GACAGGAUGAGGAGGAGUGAAUGGAGGGAUAGCAGCCGUGAGAACCGAAGACGCGAUCCCAUCUUCGCCAUCGUUCAUCAUGUCAUCGUCAGUGGUCACACAUCCUUCGCCACACCCGCCCUCGUCACCCGCCGUGCCCGUAUAUAAAUCCAGCCAGUGCGCUGCGAUGUCCCCGAUAACGUCUUCCUUCCUGCCUCCCACCCCCAUUUGCAGCCCACAGCAAAUUGACUGACAGACAUGCCGGCCUCUCUGCGCUUGGGUAGCAUCGCGCCUGACUUCGAGGCGGAGACGACGCAAGGGUCGAUCAAGUUCCACGAGUGGAUCGGGAAUUCCUGGGCGAUCUUGUUCUCGCACCCUGGCGACUUCACCCCCGUGUGCACGACGGAGCUCGCGGAGGUUGCCCGGAAGUCCGAUGAGUGGGCCAAGCGCAACGUGAAGGUCAUCGGCCUCUCCGCGAACGACCUCAAGGACCACGCGCGCUGGGUCGAGGACAUCAACGAGUACGGCACCAAGGCCCUCGGCCCGACGAGUGUCAACUUCCCCAUCAUCGCCGAUGCCGAAAGGAAGAUCUCGACGCUCUACGACAUGCUUGACGAGCAGGACGCGACCAACCGCGACGGCAAGGGCCUGCCGUUCACCAUUCGUACCGUGUUCAUCAUCGACCCCAAGAAGGUCAUUCGCCUCAGCCUUUCGUACCCCGCCUCGACUGGUCGCAACUUCGACGAGAUCCUCCGGGUUGUCGACUCUCUGCAGCUCGGUGACAAGUACAGGGUGACGACGCCUGUCAACUGGAAGACUGGUGACGACGUAAUUGUGCACCCGUCUGUGAACAACGAGGAGGCGAAGACGCUCUUCCCCGACGUUACGUUCCACAAGCAACCCUACCUCAGGACGACGCCCCUCAAGCCGUGAAAGGUCGAGUAAUCCCCUGUGCGCUCGGCGAGCAACAAAUUAAUGGAGAGAAGUUGUCUGUUCAUGUAUCUGUACCGUACCUAUGUCUGCCGCAGCUCCGGCGACUAUAUCUGGAGCGGUGUAUACUAAACUACAUAUGAAUGUAACAAUGAAGCGUGGCCAUCUCAA